UUCUGAAUUCUAAAUCGCAGCAAAGCCUGAGGUUCCUUCGCCGUGAAGGAAGAAAGAAGAGAAGAAGGGGAUCCCCGGCCAUGGCGAGGGUAGUGUUCCCCAAGAAGGGGCUGGGACACGAGGCGGCCGUUGGGUCGCUUACGCCCAGCGGCCAGCGGGAGUACAAGCUCCGCGGCAAGCGCAACGAGGGCAAAUGCCCUGUUUACGCCAUUGGGUUCAACUUCCUCGACGCCCGCUACCACAACGUCUUCGCCACCUGCGGCGGCAACCGGGUCACAACCUAUCGCGGCCUCCCCGAUGGUAAGCUGGCUGUUCUGGAGGCGUACGUUGAUGAAGACAAGGAGGAGUCCUACUACACUUUAAGCUGGGCAGCAGAUCUUGAUGGCACACCGCUAUUAGUUGCAGCAGGAAUGAAUGGGAUCAUUAGAAUCAUCAACUGUGCCACCGAGAAAAUAUCUAAGAGUUUGGUUGGCCAUGGUAAUUCAAUAAAUGAGAUAAGAACUCAACCACUUAAGCCUUCACUCAUCAUUACUGCAAGCAAGGAUGAGUCUGCUAGGCUAUGGAAUAUCCACACAGGGAUUUGCAUCUUGAUCUUUGCUGGAGAAGCAGCUCACCUGCAUGAAGUACUGAGUGUGGACUUCCACCCUUAUGAUAUCCACCGUAUUGCUACUUGUGGCAUGGAUAACACCGUUAAAAUCUGGUCAAUGAAAGAAUUUUGGCCAUAUGUUGACAAAUCCUUUACAUGGACUGACCUUCCAUCAAAAUUUCCUACAAAAUAUGUCCAAUUUCCGCUCAUUACUGCCGUAGUGCAUACUAACUACGUUGACUGUACUAGGUGGCUUGGUGACUUCAUCCUGUCAAAGAGUGUAGACAAUGAAAUAGUGCUGUGGGAGCCAAAAACAAAAGACGACCAAAAUCCCGGCGAGGGUAGCAUUGAUGUCCUUCAGAAGUACCCUGUGCCAGCGUGUGACAUUUGGUUUAUGAAAUUCUCAUUUGAUUUUCACUUCAAUCAAUUAGCAAUAGGCAACCGUGAAGGCAAAAUCUAUGUGUGGGAAGUACAAGCGAGUCCACCUGUUCUAAUAACUCGGCUGAGUAAUCCCCAAUGCAAAUCACCAAUAAGGCAGACUGCGGUGUCAUUUGAUGGAAGCAUGAUCCUUGCCUGCUGCGAGGAUGGAAACAUAUACCGCUGGGACGAAGUGGAUCAACCAGCCGCGGAAAGUUGAACAACCGAAAACCGUUGUUCGGUGUGCCCACCUGUGCCAAUGCCAACCAGUUUAAAGCCUGAUAUGACAAUUUCGUUUUUCCGAUUUGCACGAAAUGGCAAACUGAUUGGGGUGGUGCCAGAUGCUAGAGUCUAUGGUGGAACUGAAUGUUUUAAGUUCGGAUGUUGAUUAGUUGGAUGUUUGCUCUGUUAUGUAGGGCCUGUUUGCUUUCUGCCCAGGCUCACCACGCCAAACCGUGGGCGAGCGAUUCUGUCGCCGCUGUUUUGCCCGCGCGUGGGCGCAAAUCAUAACUGACGCGGGCGUUUUUCCAUAAAAGCAACGCGGGCUCGUCAACUUUCUGGUGCUGAAGCAAACGCCUGCCCUCGAAGCGUCGGCACGCCAACUUUUGGCAGGGCGCAAGUCGGCCGCAAAGCAAACAGGCCCGUAGUGCCAGUGCAGUUCUCAAGCUGGAACUAAACUUAAUCCAUGUUGCUACCUUUGAAACCUUUCAUGAGUUUGGUCUGUGUCUUCAUUAAUCCUCUGACAUCACUGAAGCUAGCAGGUCACGUGGAAGCGAGUAACAUGCCUGAAAACGACUUAUCCAUGCUGUCAAUUUUACAUUGAAAGGAAAAGGUCAACCUUCUGUUGCACCAUGUCCA